UUCAGGGUACAACAUGAGCAAUAAUGUGCCCGUUGACGCGGAUGGCCUGAUCGAGGGCAACUAUGAACAAGUCGUGUCCAGCUUUGAUGAUAUGGACUUGAAGCAGAACCUUCUGCGAGGAAUCUAUGCGUUUGGUUUCGAAAAGCCUUCGGCUAUCCAGCAGCGUGCCAUCGUUCCUUGCACAACAGGUCGCGAUGUCAUUGCACAAGCUCAGUCAGGAACAGGAAAAACUGCUACUUUCUCCAUCUCGAUUUUGCAGCGCAUCGAUGAGAACGAGCCAUGUGUUCAGGCACUUGUGAUGGCUCCCACUCGUGAAUUGGCGCAGCAAAUUCAAAAAGUGAUGUGCGCACUUGGAGACUACAUGAACAUCAAAGUGCAUGCCUGCAUUGGUGGAACUAGCAUCCGUGACGAUCAGCGCAAGCUUGAAAGCGGUGUGCAUGUAGUUGUUGGCACUCCUGGUCGCGUAAAUGACAUGAUCAAUCGUAAUGUCCUCCAAACUAGCCGCAUCAAGAUGUUCGUCUUGGAUGAAGCUGACGAGAUGCUCUCGCGUGGUUUCAAGGAUCAGAUCUACGAGGUGUUCAAAACUCUUCCACAAGAAGUGCAGGUUGUGCUGCUUUCGGCCACCAUACCUGCUGAUGUCCUCGAUGUGACCGAUCGGUUUAUGAGAAACCCUAUACGUAUACUUGUGAAGAAAGAAGAGCUUACACUUGAAGGUAUCAGGCAGUUCUACAUAAAUGUUCAGAAAGACGAGUUCAAAUUUGAAACACUUUGCGAUCUCUAUGAUGCCGUCAACGUCACUCAAGCCGUUAUCUUCUGCAAUACUAGGAGAAAGGUAGAACAGCUCACUGAGCAGAUGACAAAAAAGCAGUUUACCGUGUCCAGUUUGCAUGGAGAUAUGGAGCAGCAAGACAGAGAUGUGAUCAUGCGCGAAUUUCGAUCGGGUUCUUCUCGUGUACUCAUCACCACUGAUCUACUCGCUCGUGGUAUUGACGUUCAGCAGGUUUCACUGGUAAUCAACUUUGACUUGCCAUCUAACCGGGAAAACUACAUUCAUCGUAUCGGUCGUUCCGGACGUUUCGGCCGAAAAGGAGUAGCCAUCAACUUUAUUACUGACAACGAUGCUCGUCAGCUCAAGGAUAUUGAACAGUUUUACAACACCGUGGUUGAGGAAAUGCCCGUUUCUAUUACUGAUCUUCUUUGA